GCGUCGGAUCUCACUGGCCGGUUGCUUGUCCCGUGGUCGUCCUGCUGCUGCUGCUGCUGCUGCUGCUGCUGCUGGGCGACAGAUGCAACCAUGCCACCAUCCAUCGCAGCAGAGGGCGUUACGAUGGCGAUGGACGAGGCCGUCUUUCGCAACGCCGAUGGCCGGCCUCUGACGCUCGCCAACCUGCCGCAUCUCGCGGGCGACGAAGCCGAGUUCCGCCGUGUGGUCGUCGACACCGAGUCGGAGCUCGCCCGUCUGCAGUGUGGUCUUGCCUGGUCCGAUGUGGCGUCUGUGUUUCCCUUUAGCGACAAGUGGACCUCCCAGGUCGUGCUCAGACCGCGCUCGUGAGUCAAACACUCAUCUCUGCCGACCUGGAAAGGGCACAAGCCGGCCGGCUGAUGCUUCGCCCACCCGCACGCACACAUGCAGCCGCACCCACCGGCACGAAUACGUGGUGCGUGCGUCCAAGGAGGGCCUCCGCCGCGCCCUCGUCCAUGGCCUGGCGCGCAACGAGCUCAUGCGGUCUGUGAGCGUGGAUCGCACUGAGCCCGCGCCCAGCGGGGGCGGCAGCCCCGUUGCCAAGCGCUGGUACGCUGUCAUGAAGCUCGACGAAAGGAUGGAGCAUCUGCUCAUCGACGACGAGGUGCCGCUGCCGUCGCCCGCACACGCGCAGCAGCCGUGGCCAGACAUGAGCGCCAUCAAGAGCAGCGACGAGGAGGACGGCGCGCGCGUCCAGCCGCCUGGUCCAAUGUCUUAUUUUACCAUCGUCCACAGCUCCGACGAUCCCACCCGGUGCGGGCUCGUCUACACGAUGCACCACUGCAUCUUUGACAUGAUGUCGCUCGGCAUGUUCAUUGCCGACAUCGACGAGCACCUCUGCAGCGGCCACGUUGCGCGCCAUGCCGUGCUGCCCCCUCCUGCGUCGUACGGCCCCUACGCUGUCUGGCGCUUCCUCUACCCCUCGACCGAGCAGCACCAGGCCCACGUCGACAGCAACGCAGACCGGCUCGCGGGCAUCGCAGACGGCGGCGGCGGCAUGUGGCCGCCCCAGCGGGCUCACGGCUGGAUGCGCGGCAACGACGCUGGCUGGGAGGUCUAUGCGGACGCUGGUGCGCGCCGUGUUCCACUCUGCGAUGAUGCGACCAAAUCCAUUGGCCGUUCAGGUGACUUUUUUGCCCUGGCCAUGCCAAACCUCGCCCAGCUCCGCGCACAGCACGGCGUCUCGGCUUCCAAGGUCGCCAAGGCGGCCCAGAUCCUCGUCAACAUGCGCAGGUCGGGCGCCAGGCAGGCCGUUUUCGUCGGUGCCGAGGGGGGACGCAUGGUCAAGGGCGUCGCACCAGCCGGCCUCGACCUGCUCGCGGUCAGGGGCCCCGUCGUGGAGCUGUCCUGGACGCGGAUGGGCAUCGAGGCGGACGAGACGACCCUCGACUUUCUGCAGCGGGUCCAGCGGCUGCAGGCACAGCAGAGCGCCCAUGCGCACUGCAGCGAGGCCGCAGUCAUGGCGCGCCUCAGCGACAACGACGUCGCUUUUCUGCGCCAGUGCGCGCCCCGCCAGGUCUUCAACUGGGCCCCGCCGGCGCAGCGCGGCCAUGCACGAAUCACGCUGACGAAAUUCGAGGGCAGAUCCGACUUUGGCAUCUCGUGGGUCUUUAGACUCGUCCGAGAGCAGGAGCAAGAGCGGGAGACACAGCAGGAGUCGCAGCUCCUCGUCGUCGAGGCCUCGUGGGACACCUGCCAGCUGAGCGAAGACGAGAUGCGCGAGUGCACGUGCGAGCUGCUGGGCGCUGCACGAUGGCUGAGCGAUCCCAACAAUGCGAGGCGGCCCGUCGCAGAAUGCAGCUUCGACAGCAGCGGGUGCUUUCGGUACACGGGCCCACCCUGAUUGCCUGCGCACAUAAACUUACAUUAGGCUCUCAUAGAGUGAUUACGUUGCUAGACUAGGCUCUCAUAGAGGUCCGCGUUGCUAUACUAGGCUUUCAUAGAGUACCGUGUUGCUAUACUAGGCGUUCAUAGAGGUCCACACUAGACUAGGCUCUCAUAGAGUUCAAGGUCGUUAAUAAAGUGGUCUGUCCCGUUCGAUGUGCACAAGUCAAUUGAA